AUGCGUUUGCUCAACUUGCCUGCGCCGCUCCUUGCCAUUGCGCUGUCUGCUCUCUACAGUCCUUCAGAAUGCCUGCCUCUGGUGGCCGAUCGACAAGAUCACCAGCUGGGCAGGUUCCACGCUCUCAGGCCGAGGGCGAGCUACUCGAUAGUGCCCAUCGACGGUGGCAGCCCAGCGACAACACAACAGGAAAGCACCACCACGGUUGUGCAAACAGUCACGUCGUCGCCGACAGCAACGCCUGAGAUCACCGUCACGGCCACCGGGAAAGAUACCACCAAGACGGUCACCCAGACAGACAUCUCGGUUGUGCCGCCCGAGUCACCAACGACCGUCACGGCCACUGCUCCCGUCACCAUCGUCACCACACACACCGUGACCGACGAGACACCCUCAACGAGCUCUACCUCCUCUUCGACCUCCUCCAGCGCACUGCCGAGUUCUGCUGUGCCCACGACGAGCUCUGUCUCAAGCACCUCGCAGAUUACCCCGAGUGCCACACCUUCCACCGCCCUGACGUCCUCGACCGAUUCCUCGCUAAGCUCGACCUCGACUGACAGCACCUCUGUCACUGCCUCAGCGUCCGCCUCGGAAUCUUCCUCGUCCUGCUCGACAUCGGAAUCUGCCGCCAGUAGCACCACCUACGCGGCCCCCUCGUCGCCACCUCCCUACCCAACCUCAAGCGCCGUGUCUCCUCCACCCUAUGCACCCACCGGCCAGGUCCCGACACCCUCGACGUUCGUGACGAGCAGCUCGGCCGCGACCCCGACCUCAUACGACAACGGGCAGUGGCACACAGCAUACCCAGCUUGGAACGGCACCCGCAUCUAG